UGGAGUUAUUUAAGUGCCAUGUAUUUGAGAGCAAUUAUCCAUAAUGUACUAGUAAUUUUUUUUGCUUUUAGCAUAAUUUACAAUAAAAAUUCAUAUGGUGAUGAUGAUAAUGAGAAGCGGAAUGAUUCAGUGGCAUGCUCAUUUUUUAAGUGUAAAAGAAAUGAAAGAUGUGUAAUUCGAAAAUUUUGGUGUAAAAGACCACCAUGUCCCCGGAUGAUUUAUUGUGCAAAAACUCAAGAAGACUCAUUGAAAGGACCAUCAUCUUGCGAUAACGUUAAAUGCAGUAAUGGAUAUGUCUGCAUAGUCAAAGUUCGUCAUUGCAGUUGGGAUAAACCUUGCAAAGAAGAGGUUGCUCGAUGCAUUACGGAAAUGGACUACUAUGAAGGUCCAGCAUCUUGCGCAGGAUUUAAAUGCCCACCAGGUUUAAACUGUAUUUUACGAGAAUCUUUCUGUACUGAUCCACCUUGUAAAUUAUUCAGAACUUGUGCCAACCGAACAGAUGUUCACACUUGGAUGGAUGAAUGCAAAUCUCUCGGCUGCAUCUCACCACAUGAAUGUUUUCUUCGACGGCCGGAAGCAGUUUGUGAAUUCUUUCAUUGCCGUCACAAACCAGAUUGUACAGCAAAGUCAGAAACUGAGUUAAUUAAAAACGAAAAAUGCCGUGGUUGGAUUUGUCCAAAAGGUCAGACAUGCUUGACACAAAGCAAAAGACCUUGUAAAAAUGCUGAAUGUAGAAUAAAUCGAUUUUGUCAGGGAGACAUAAUAAAAAAUGCAACAAUUGAUAAUAAAAGACUUCAAGUGGAAGAUUCAAAUAAACUUUUACAUCAAUUCAAGAUAAAUUCUGUCCAUGGAAUUAAAUUUAACGCAAGUAAUAUGAAUUUAAAUCCUAUUGUGACCACAAAUAUAAAUUCACCAAUUGAAAAUGCUAAAUCUGAUAACAGAGUUGAUUUAAAAAAUAUUAGUUCGAGCUUAUCUUCACUGGAUUCAUGGUUGGAAUAUUUGAAAAAUCAAACUGGAAUUAAUGCUGUUAAUAUUUGGAUCAAAAAAUCAGAAGAUAAAAAAAAUCAUCCGGAAUUCCGCAAGUGGCUAACCUUGGUAAAAGAUUUGCUAGGAAAUAAAAUGUUUGAUCUUUGGCUUGAAGAAAUUCGCAAUAUUACAAUAAAGAAUCCAAUUUUCCAAAAUUGGUUACCAACCUCUGCAGACGCAUUCGAUGAAGAAAUUUCUGUUUUCACACCUUGGAAUGCUACUAAAGAAGAUGGAAACCAUGGAAUUUACGAGACUGAGAGUUUAAUGAAUCCAGAAUAUAAACUACAGAGCUUUGGUUAUUCUUACAAUAAUUCUAAUUUAUUUAUGCAAAAAGCACCUCCCAUUCAAAUUAAUGAACGGAUUAAUGACGAUUCUUUAGGAUAUUCUGAACAAUAUUAUUUGACUGUGUUGAGAUUAAUACAGAAACUUCUUGAAAGUAUCACUCCAUUGAUUGAAUUUAAUAAAGAGAUACUUCUUAAACAACUGCAGAAUGAAACAUUAUUAUUGAAUGAGGAUAGACGAAUUUCUUUAUUAAAGAUACUGGAUAAGUUGAAAGAGGAACGAGAAAUCUAUGCAUAUGUUAUUAAUAAGACACAAGAAUUAAUCUCCAAUGCUCAACCACUCGUUCCAUCAUUUUACAUUGACGAUGUCAUCGAGAAAUUUCAAUCAAAUGAAGAGAGAAAUUUCUCUGAUACAAGAAAGAAUGAGAAACCAUUGGAUCACAAUGCCACCAAUGUCAUGAGCAUAAUGAGUAGGUCAAAAGAUCAAUCAAGUGAAGAUGAUGUGGAUUAUGUAGUUCUAGAUUAUGGCGAGCCUAUUACUGGAUGGAAGGUGAAUCAAUCAGCUCCAAAGAUCAUAAUUAGGGUUGAGAAUAAUUUCCAGCCACCACCAAAGAUUGGUGAAAUAAAGGUAGAGAAUGGAGACAACAUUUUGAAUCGAUUCUUACUAGUAAAUACAACAUCUCCAUCCAUAGAAAGUACUCAGGAUGAUUAUUACAACGAUGACGAGGGCUCAGAAUUUUUAAAGGUCACUGAAGAUAAAACCAAUAGCUCUUCAAUGAUUGUAGAUCGGUCUAAAGAUAGAAGAGUGUAAAAGAAUAUAGACUACAUAGUGAAAUGAAAUGUAAUGUUAUUAGCAGUAAAAGUCAGAUAUUUAAGGUUGAUCGAUAAAAAAAGGAUAACGAUCGACAUGACUAGUUUUUGUAGACAAAGAAUUUGGAGCAAUUAAUGUACACGAUGCAGUAUUUGACAAUAGUCUAGUUAAUGUUAAUAAUCGUUAAGUCUGGACAAAGAAAAUAACCAUUUUAAAUAAAUCUUCAUCCUUAUAGUGGAAUAAUGUUGGAAACAAUAGCUUGCUGGAACCAUUUCAGGAACUUCAACGAUUAACUUGAAUCAUUGAAGGUUGUGAUAAUUUUAUUUUACUAAGAUGGAAAUAUUAUUUAGUUUACUUCAUAAUUACAUUAUAAAAGUUAAUAAUGAAUAAUUAUAUCUUUGUAUUUAUAAAUUUUCUAUCAAUUAUUGAUAAA